AUGGCGCUCUCUCCUGUCGUCACAACCACCUCGUCUGCUUCAAACCAGCCGCUCGAGAAUCUCCAGACGCUACGGCCCGUCUCUUCGCCUCUCAAGAACCUCGCAUCCGGCUCCGGCCAGACCUCAUCCAAUGGAACCCCAAAGCCCGCUCUCGCGCCCGCAGCCGCACCAACAAGCCAAACAUUGCCUCCGACGCUCGACCUUGCUGAGCAGAUGAAUGAGGAGGAGAAGCGCAAAUACGUCAAGGGCAAAAAGCUCGGUGAGGGUACCUAUGCCGUCGUAUUCCUCGGCCACCUCCGCUCCAACCCAGCGGCGCGCGUCGCCAUCAAGAAGAUCAAGGUGCAGAAAGAAUACACAGAGGGCAUGGCGCCCGACGCGGUGCGCGAACUGAAGCACCUGCAGGAGUUGCAGCAUCCAAACAUCAUCUCGCUCCUCUCCGUCUUCUCCUCCAAAGACCAGAACCUCAACCUAGUCCUCGAGUACCUCCCGCUCGGCGAUCUCGAAUUGCUCAUCCGCGACACCGACAACGUCCGCUACGGAGCCGCCGACAUCAAGGCCUGGAUGGGCAUGCUCACCCGCGCCGUGUGGUUCUGCCACGAGAACUUCGUCCUGCACCGCGAUAUCAAGCCCAACAACUUGCUCAUCGCCGCCGACGGCGAGGUCAAGCUUGCCGAUUUCGGUCUCGCGCGAAGCUUCGCCGACCCCCAUCGCCACAUGACUUCCAACGUCAUCACCCGCUGGUACCGACCGCCGGAACUGCUCUUCGGCGCUCGAUACUACAGCGGCGCGGUCGACGUCUGGUCGGUCGGAACCGUCUUCGCAGAGCUCAUCCUGCGCGCCCCAUACAUGCCCGGCAACAACGAGCUCGACCAGAUCAAGAUGAUCUGCGAGUCCAUCGGCACGCCCACAGAAGACAACUGGCCCGGCGUCACCCGGCUGCCAGAGUACACCGUGCCCGGCCAACAUCCCACGCGCGGGAGGGACUGGUACGAGAUGCGCUUCGGCAUCGUAGGCACCGACGGCGUCGAUCUGCUCAUUAAGACGCUCGCCCUGAACCCGCAAAAGCGCAUCACCGCGCGAGAGAUGCUCAAGCAUCGCUGGUGGCAUUCCGAGCCCAAGCCCACGCGCAAGGACGACCUACCCCGUAAAGACGUCGGCGCCGGAGAGGACAAGAUGGGCAUGGACCUGAAACGGCGUCCUGGAAUGGUGGCUGACGACGAUAGGGGCGCCAAGGUGGCCCGCAAGCUGGACUUUGGACAGAGGUAG